GGAACAAUGUGUGUUCAGGAGAGAUUUGAUGAAGGUGAACAAGGUCCUGAUUGCUUUAGAUAGUGUCAGUAUACAGAAGCUGUUACCAUUGGCAGAUAAAACAAGGACCAGGGGACACAGAUUUAAAAUUUUGACCAAAGUGUUACAAGGGCAAAUGUGAGGAAAAAACUGUUUACUGAGUGAGUACUUAUCAUCUGGAACUCAUUAACCAAGGCUUUUAGAGGAAUAAUAAAAAAACAGAAAAUGUUGAUAACACUCAGCAGGUCAAACAGCAUCUGUGGAAAGAGAAACAGUUAACAUUUCAGAUCUGGGGUCUGCUGGGUGUUUCCAACAUUUUCUGUUUAUAUUUCAGAUUUCCAUAAUCUGCAGUUUUUUUUCUGAUCUUGCUUUCAGAGGAAGUUGGGUUGGCACUUGAAAGAGAAUAAGUUGCAGGGUUAUGGGGAAAGAAUGAGCGAAUGGAACUGAUAGGGUUGUCCCAUGAGUAGCUGAAUGGUCUCCUUCUGUGCUAUAAGAUUUCUAUGAUUCUUCAAUUCCAGACUCCAGUUUUGACAGCCUCUGCUGGUGAUUAGUGCGUCAGCGUAUCAUAACAUUCUGCUAUUAAUUUGAACCCAGUCAUUGAUUCAGAGAAUAUUUUAAAUUCUCUAUUCAAACAUGUUAACCAAUGCAGCACCAACGCCUCGGCUAAAUUCUUUCCCUCCUGCGGGCUCUCUUUAUAUGAUCAGUUAGUCUCCUGGAGAGCAGCUCGCCGCUGGGAAGUACUUUGCUUUGAAUUGUGCAAGCCUCCCCUCCCUCAGGCGUGGCCACGUCGGUCGGGAGCGCGCCUUGUCUGAGCCUGGCCUGAUUCUAACUGAGAGAGAGAGAGAGAGAGAGAGAAAAAGGAAGCGGCGCCAGAGAGAGAGAGAGAGAGAAAAGGACAAGCAAACCUUUCCACACAUACACUCAGAGGCGUACAAUACUCACUCCAAAAUAAAAAUUCUUCUGUGAUGGCUGCCAUACGCAAAAAACUCGUAAUAGUUGGUGAUGGUGCUUGUGGGAAGACAUGUCUACUAAUUGUCUUCAGUAAAGAUCAGUUCCCCGAGGUGUAUGUUCCAACUGUGUUUGAAAAUUAUGUAGCAGAUAUUGAAGUGGAUGGAAAGCAGGUUGAACUGGCUCUCUGGGAUACAGCAGGACAGGAAGAUUAUGAUCGACUUAGGCCUCUCUCCUAUCCAGAUACAGAUGUUAUUUUAAUGUGUUUUUCAAUUGAUAGCCCUGACAGUUUAGAAAAUAUUCCAGAAAAGUGGACCCCAGAAGUGAAACACUUUUGCCCUAGUGUGCCCAUUAUCCUUGUUGGGAACAAAAAAGAUCUGAGGAAUGAUGAGCACACACGAAGAGAACUGGCAAAGAUGAAGCAGGAACCUGUGAAACCUGAAGAAGGUAAAGAGAUGGUCACCAAGAUUUGUGCAUAUGGCUACAUGGAAUGCUCAGCAAAAACUAAAGAUGGUGUGAGAGAAGUUUUUGAAAUGGCCACACGGGCUGCCCUGCAAGCUAAGCGCCCAAGGCAUAAGGCGUUUUGCAGUGUUCUAUAAAGCACAAAUGCAAACAAGUGCACCCUACCAUAUAUUUACAGUCACUUGAUUUAAAAAAAAUCUUGAAUUGAUGUUUGUUAAACCUAGUACGAUAGUGUCUUGAUUAUACUGGCCUCUCAUUUUAUCUAUAUACUGUUCCUGACAUCUCAGUUUGCUACCAAUAUUUAAAAGCCAACAAAGGUUUUUUCUAGUUCAGUGGUGUACUGAUGUAUAGCUAUGGUCAUUUUUACAAUAUGCAUGUAUCCAUCUAAACUUUGGUUAAACAUUACUGUAGCUUUUUUUUAACCUAUCUACUUUACAUGAUCAACAGGUGCAGCCUUACUGGUAGGAAAAAGCACUCAAUCAGCUUGUAUUUCUUGACAUAAAACCAAACUAAGAAAUUAGUUUGCCAUCACUGUUUAUAGAUGUAGCUUGAUUCAACUUUUUGUAUAAUUGGAUUUCUUAAUGCUAAUACUGUAGCCUCAAAUGAAAUUUUUAAAUGUAUUGGGGAAAAACAAAAUAAUGGAAGUUGAAUUCCUUUAUGUAAAAGCUUGGUAAUUUCUGAAACAUAAUUGAUGUAAACCAAAUCGAGCUUGUGUACAAUGUGGAAAUUUUAAUGGUGGGUUGAGGGUGGGGGGUUGGGUUAGAUGUUGAGAGACAUUAAUUCUGUCUCUGCUCCAGGGCACUUGUGUCCUUACAGAUUUAAAUAAGAGGUCCUGUUCAGCUUGUGAAACAAAGCUAGGCAGUCCUUCAAUAAACAAAUAUGUAUGGUCAUUGGCACCAUGCAUUCAAUGCCUUCUAUUUAUCAUAUGUUGGUAUAUGUAAUGCCUGCCUUUUAUGUUUUUGUUUAACAUUGAAGAUGUAUUUGAGGUUGUGAAUGCACCUCACCUGCAGUUCCCUAGGUAUUUUUUUUUGCCUGUGUCAGUAAAUAGUUACCAGCAAUACUAAUAGCAAAAUAAAAGCCAGUUGUUUUAUAAAAACAACUGUCCGAGCCUA